AUGGACUCGACGGCGUACCCACACAUUCUGGAGCGGAUAAUACAACAGUGCCCCGCGGUGUCGACACUGCUGGCCUUGCGGGCCACGUCGCGCCGUUGUCGGGAUGUGGCAGACGCUACGCUGUUCCACCACGCCGUGCUCCGGCGCGAAUGGCACCAGCCCAAGCCGAAAGGCAAGCUCAGGAAGCUAUUACGGCGCAUCACUGCCCCGGAGCUGACAGCAAUGCGCCGGUUCGUGAUGGUGCUCCCCGCUGGCUCGAGCAUAGCCCAGGACGUGCCCAUGCUCCCCUUCCUCCCGCGCAAGGCCGAGAUUCUCGACCUAGAGGGUGCUCGGCCGGGCAAGCGGGCAACACACAACUUCUUGGACAACGGCGGACCAGCCUGGAUGUCGCAAGAGCAAGAGCUGAGUACGAUACCCUUUGGCGCAUACCUCCACUACGCGACACUCGUGCUCCGCCGCAUCGGGCGUUCGGCGCAAGAAGACUGGGGCCACGUCCGGGAUACGACAGUGGAUUUUCUGGCACUCCCAUCAGAUCCCGAACGCGACCCCUGGCGCUGUCUGCGCAUCAGGCUUCCGCUCGUGACGCGACGAUACGUUCUGCAUCUCCACUGGCCUGACGGAUGCGAUGCGCCGGCCCACGAUCUGUUCUACUUCACCGGACGACGGUUCAGGCAAUGGCCGGCCGUCCGCGAGGCGGUGCUGGUCCUCUCGCCUCACUGUAGCCCGCCGCGGCGCGAAAGAGUGCUCGAGGCUAUUGAACGGAUAGCAAACCAGUUCGGGUCGUCGAUGUGUGAAGCCGUAACCUCGCUCACUGUUGUCGGACUCGAGGUCUGGCUCCCGGGUGUCACCUUCGCCGAGUUCAAGCCAGGCUUGACCGACUACUUGGUCGACAACAUGGACCGGCGCUUCCCCUACACCGGGUCCGUCGCCGACCCGACACAACUGCGCACGGCGUGCGAAGGGAUCGUCUUCAACACGCUGGAAGAGUGGUGGGACUCGCUCGGGGACAUGAAGGACUUGGUCGGCGUGUGGCCGCGUCAUAGUCGUCGAGCACUGUAG